UUCCCCUCUCUCUCUCUCUCUCUCUCUCUCUCUCUCUCCCCCCGCCAGUCCGCCCCCUGGCCCAUCAGAUCCAAUUCUUUCCCCGACCCCCAUCCCGGAUCCGCCGCAAUUCCUUCGCGUCUCGAGCUCGAUUGCUCCGUGCCCGUGGAAUUUGCUCCUUUUUUCCGCUAGAAUACUGCCUUGGCCGGCGACUCGAGGGGGGCGCUUGCGAAGGUGAGGGGCGCUUCUGCUGGGCGUCUCGGGGCCAUGGGCGUUGUGGCGCCCGCUAGGCUGUUCGUCCGCCGUAUACUCAGGGUCGUCAGGCUCAAUCCGCUUCAGCGCAGCGCUAAGAGUCGUUGAGGUUUUUUCUCGUGAACGCAUUUAGCUGCUCAUUCAGCUGAGCAGGUUGAGCUAUCCAUUUAGCUCGACAGAGUGAAGAGACGCAUUGCCCAUACGUGUGUGCUGCGUUGGCUCUCGGAACAUCCUUUUUGUGUGCUGCGCUGUGAAGUGUGAAUGUUACAGAAUCCACUUGGCUACAUUCUGGGAUGGUGAUGGGCAUCAGAGCAUGACAAAUGCAGGCUUCUUAACUUGAUUGCAACAAGAAUGGGGGCAAAAGUAGAAGGGGAAAGCUAUAUGCCUGGAUAUUAUGCCACGGGGGAUCUCAAUAUGGAACCAAAUGGUAGGUGGUCUCCAUACUAUGAGGAAAGGACAUCAAAUGGUCAGUUAUGCAAUGGCUUCACAACAAAACCAACAAAUGGUUAUUCGGAUUUUGACAAAGAAAUGCUCAAGCACCAAAUGCUUGAACAUGAAGCUGUAUUUAGACAACAGCCUCACAACCCACUCACUAUCCAGGUGUAUGAACUGCACCGGGUUUACAAAAUACAGAGAGAUAUGAUGAAACAGCAUCAAAGCAAAGAAAUAUAUUCAUACCCAAUGCUGGCGGUUGCAUCACAUACAAAUUCAGCAUCACAAGUGCCACCAAACGGUGCAAAGAUGAUGUGGCAGAUGCCAGUUCCUCCUGUGUCCACAACAUACAGAAAAGCUCCUGUAGGCGAGCAUAAUGAUACAAACCAGUCCUCCAUGAAAUUCCUUAGAGAAGGCAGCGUGCAGUCCUCUCCAAACGGAUUUCUGUCAAGUGAUGCUGCUCCAAGAAGCAGACAAGCCACUUUUGACCUUCAGCUUCCAGCUGAUCAUUAUAUAGAUGAUGACAACACGUCAGACAACAAGCCCAUAGAUUUCCUUGGUUUGGCGUCAGAUACAAAACCACGGAAUGAUGCUGACCUUACACUAAUUAGUGCAGAAGGCUUCGGGAGGUUCAGUGAUAAUAGUUCAACCUCAGGUUUGAGGACUACAAAUAAUCUUGGAAGCCGGCAUGUUACCGACCUGAAUGAGUCAAAUACUGGCAUCUAUAUGGGUAGAGCAAAUGGAUCAGUUUCCAGAGGCCUCUCAAAUACUCUGGAGAACUCGUGGCACCAACCAAUAUUGAGACCAAACACAACCAACUUCAGUUUCAAUAAAGAAUACUCCAAAGACAAGCACACUGACGAGGGAACAAGCUCAAACUUCUUUGAUGCAAGUGCGAAAAUAAGACAUGAGGACAAACCAUCAAUCAAUAAAGGUAAACAAGUCAGCAGUAUAACUUUUUUAGCACCCAGAUAUAGUGAUGCUGAUCCCCCCAAAUACUUCAAAGCUGCUGAUGGGAGGCCUGCCAAUUAUAACCAAUUUGUUUACCAAGGUCAAAAUAGUUCAGUUGGCUGGUUUGCACGAAGUCCUCUGGAACCUUCUGCUAUCAAUAAUUUUGCUACGCUUGACCGUCCACAUCAUUCAAGUAUGGGUACAUUUACUGCCCCUAUCUCUGUUCCUCAAAUAGACCAUCCUUCCAUCGUUUCCCCAAUGGGUUCUUGCACAGCUGACCCGAGGAGCAGCAUUAUCAAUAAUCCUGCUUUGGUUCCAAGAUUCAAUGGAUCGUCAGCUGUGAAUUCGUACACGAGUCUUAGUGCUGUGACACAGAGCAUUGGAACUUCGACUCCAAAGCUGAAAAAUGUGGAUAAGUUAGAUGGCCGCUAUCCUGGUUUUCCACUUGAUUCAUUUUCUGUGUCCCACUCACGACAUCAGGUAGCAAUUUCAAGUGACCUGGAGCAAAAGAACUCCCAGAAGUUUGAACAUUCAGAUCGACAGUCCCAUGGAAAGGGCAUGAAGAACUUUAAUUUGAAUGAGACAUUGUCAGAUUGUCAGGAAGAUGGUCUUGUAGAACAAGAUGGGAGAUGUCCUGGCAGUUUUCAGCAUGGUAAAGAUGGAGGAUCAGUAUUCGGGAUCUCUUGGCUCAAAAAUAAAGCUGUAUGUGCUGAUCCGACAGCUUUGGAGAAGCCAGGGAAGUUGUUUGGCCAUUCAUUUGGAACUGCAAUGGAGCUGAAAAAUACUAAAGACCAGAAUGAACCCGCCCAAACUAUUCGAAAUUUAUCAGAUUCUGCCUCAACAUCCCUAGGCUGUGGAAUUAAGAAGGAUGGGCCUUCCGAAGACAUUAUCGCUAGAACUCUGCUUGUUUGUAAUAAGGCCGAAGAGAGUGCUGCACGUUUACCUCUUUCAUGCCAGAAACAUGUGUCUAAAGAUGGACAGGCUGCUGAAGGAGUCAUAAAGAAAAGUGGUGCCCCCGUCAGGAAUUUCAUUGAUCUGAAUGAUGAUGUACCAAACGAAGACAAUUCUGAGGAAUCUGUUGUGUCACAUGAAUGUCAGGCGGCCCCUUUGCGGAACAACCAGCCUAAACGUGCAUUUGUGAUUGACUUAGAGGUGCCAGCUUGUGAAGAUGGUGCUGCAUGGAAUUUUGAUCAAGAAUGCACACAUCCUGGUAAACUUGAUGCAUACCAGGAAAUUGACAACACAUCUGUUACAGCCGAUAUGGCGGCAGCUGAGAACAUUGUUGCGUUGUCAAUGAAUAUACCAACAGCUGUCGAGGCAUGUGAUGAUAUGUUGCAGUGGUUUGCAGAUCUCGCUGUAUCCAACAUCAAUGACCUUGCCGAACAAGUGGAGCUCCAAGCUUGCACCAAUGAUUCCAGUGAUGAUGAGUUGGAUUCGUUCGAGUCCUUGACACUGAAGCUGGAAGAGACAAAGAUUGAUGAGCGCUGGAGCAGGCCACUGGAACCUGCAAUCACAACCGAUGAACAAGCAGUUUCAACUGCGCACCUCCUCACCAAGCCUAGAAGGGGCCAGCAGAGGAGGCGACGGCAAAAGCGGGACUUUCAAAAAGAUAUCUUGCCUGCCCUUUCGUCACUUUCUCGGCCUGAAAUCAUAGAGGAUGUUCAGUUGCUUGAGGGGUUAGUCCAGGCUUCUGGUGGGUCCUGGGAGUCGAGUUUAACUAGACGAGGACGUUAUGGCGGGCGGACAAGAGGUAGGAAACCUCGGAAAACUGUAGUAACUAUAACUGUAGAAGAAGAGGAGGUUGAGGUCAGCCCACCACCGCCUAAACCUGCUGGUACUGGAGACUUAGAAGCCGAUGAGAGGGGUAUGAUCGGAUGGGGAAGAACAACAAGGCGGUGUCGCAGAACCAGAUGCCCAUCAGGCAGCAACAUCACUGCUGCGUCUUGAGAGAGGUCUUGCCAGCAAACAUUGGACACCAUUCUCAGGUAUUGGGCGGCACCCGUUUGUUAUAGAGACUCUGAUGGAUGAUGGACUGGUAUAAGGUGAUCACAGUCAUGAGUGUACAUACUUUGCCGGCCUAUUGGCCUCACCCCCAACUUUCAUGCUUUUGGGUCGAAACAUGGUGUACGUUCUUAUAAUAAAUCCCGUAAAUUAGUUGAUAAGACAUUUCUGGGACAGCAUUGUAUUAAGCUGUUCCAGGUUAUGAGGUCCGGUAUAAUUCAUUGUGAGAAAACUGCAAUGCCUGUAAACCACCUUGAUCUCUGAAGAAUAGCUCAUCGCAUGUGCAACGAAGGGUAUGGAUGAGGGUCAGAGUCUGUAUUCUUUUUGUAGCUUAUGCUCUGCUUAAUCGGUCAGCAUUCAUCA